AUGAAAAGCAUCACAUCGGUUACCUGUGAUAUCACUCUCGUUGACAAAUGUACAGGAUACAGUGCAGUGAGCACGGACGACAAAGCCAUCAUCUUGUCAUUCAGAGGAACAAACAAGAAUAGUCAACUGAUCAUGGAAAGCGAGGAAACAAUGCAGAAAAAUCACACUCCAUGGGUUGCUGGAGGUUUGGUUUCGAAAUACUUCAGCGACGGUUUCUUGAAAAUCUGGAAGAAUGGCAUGAAAGACGAUUUGACAACAUUGCAAAGCCAGCAUAGCGGAUACGAGCUUUGGAUAACAGGCCAUUCUCUUGGAGCAGCUAUGGCUUCGUUGGCCGCCUCUUACAUCGCCCACAACAAGCUUUUCGCAGCAAACAAGAUCAAGCUGGUGACGUUCGGGCAGCCUCGAACUGGGGAUAAGGAUUACGCCGCUUCUGUAGAGAAGGAGGUUCCCUAUACUUUCCGUGUGACACAUGCUCACGACAUAAUACCACAUCUGCCAUUGGAGAACAUGGAAGGCUAUUACCAUCAUAAAACGGAGGUAUCUGACAAGUUUCAUUUUGAAGUGUUCAUCUAUAUUAUUCACCUUUUAGACCCUCAGAUGAGCAGAGCGCUACCUGUAAUUCUUUUCUAUUGGCAGGCGGCCUUCGUCUGUGUUAAACGAGAAAUGCUGGUGCUGGUGGGUCUGCUUCUUCCCUUGGCGAUGGCCAUGCCAUUCGACGUGGUAUCCAACUCGGCCACUCAAAUACUCUACGAUGACAAUUUUGCCCGUUCAAAAAUGCUCCCUCUCGCGGCUGCCGCCUAUUCCAACAAUCCUUCGCUAUGCCUUACAAAUCUUGGCAAGGAUAUCACGCUGAAACGCCUUCUAUCGGUUGUCUGUGAUAUCACUAUCGUUGACAAAUGCACAGGAUUCAGUGCAGUCAGCAACGAUGACAAAGCCAUCAUCUUGUCUUUCAGAGGCACAGACAGAAACACUCAGCUUCUCGUCGAAAGCGAUGAAACAAUGCAGAAAAAUCAUGUAGGUGUCAGAUGCUAG